AUGGGCAUAACUAAGCCUGCAAUUCGCCGCCUGGCGCGCCGUGGGGGCAUUGUACGCAUACAAAAGGCGAUUUACAAGACAGUGCGAGAGAUUGUUGUCUCUCGCCUCCAGACGAUACUGGAACAAGUGGUCAUGCUCCUAGAAUCUACUGACACGCCUGCUAAGACUCGCAAGAUAGUGACGAGUUCCGAUAUUGUUUUCGUCCUAAAGAGGCUUGGGACGACUGUUUACGGUUUUGAUAAUCACUAA